CCAACACUAACAGUGUUGGGAGAUAUUAGGAAGCUGCUAAACAUGGCCAGUCUCCUCAUCCCCAAUUCACUUUCUUCUCCAACUCUGUCUCUUCCUACCACACCCUCAUCCUCAUGUGCAUACUUCAGGCCUUCGCGCAUGCCAUUCUAUCAGGGUCUCGGCUCUCGUUUCUCCCCUAGAAACAGAGGCCUCACGGUGGUGACACGUGCAGGGCCCAGCACUAGCAGCUAUGUCUUCGCUUUCGUCCUCCCUCUCUCCCUCCUCGCUAUCACUGUCUUUACUUCACUUCGAGUCGCCGAUAGACUUGACCAAAAGUUUCUUGAAGAGCUUAUAAUUAAUGAAGCAAUGAGGGAAGAGGACGAAGAGGAUGAUGAAGAGGGCAGAGAUGAUGGCAGUGACAGCAAAGAAGAUGAAGUGAAAAUAUUUGUGGAGAAGGUACAGGAACCCGUGCUUCCGCGCACUCGAAAUCGUCCUAAAAGGGAAGCUUAAGCCUAAUCUGUACAUCUCUUUCCUGGAGUCCUAAUUCAUAGCUUCAAAUUCAUUGAGUUUCUUGUUUCAGUUUUAGUACUUUGUUAAUGUAAAAAUAUGGAUUUUGUUCUAGUUACAUAUCAAUCUGGAAGGUCUUGUAUAUUUA